UCCUGCUGGAGAGCUGGGCGUCCACCCUCGUCCUCGCUGGCUGAGCUUCACAUUUACAUUAUGUUCCUACAAACAACUAAGAAGCUUGAAGAGGAAAAAUCGGACCUACUGAUCCCCUACGGCCUCGAAAGCACGGAAUAAGACAAAGAUUCAAAUUCUAUCAUAACGUGUGAAGCAUUAUUGUAAGAUUGCAACCUUAUUCCCUUGUCAUAGCAGCGGAUACCCAUGGAACAGGCACAGCCGAGGCCAUUCGAAGGCGGCGCCCCAGGGAAGGGGAACGUGUUGUGUCGUCGCAGGGAGGUGCAGAAGGCGGCUGGAACAAAACUCGCUGUUCACUCUUUUCCUGUCCUCCUCUUCUCAUUUCCAGUGGGGAGGCAGAGUCCGUAAUACAAUGGCUCGCCGCGGUGGUUGUUGCAUGUACUUCAAUCUCAUCAUGGCUGUGAUUGGCACCUUGGGAGGAUGGUCAGCCUUUGUCGUUUUCUUCUUUCACUUCACAAACCAUCAAGCGGGCAUUUGGGCAUUUGUGUCAGGAACAUAUGCAGCAAUGACGCUGUUCAUUCACAUUCUAUACAAGCGCCACACCUUGGAGACUUGGUACACUCCCGAAAACUUGAUUCAGAUACGCCUGCUUGGUCUUCUUGGGCUCCUGGCUGGUCUAGGAGCAUUUGGGGCUUAUGUGGGCAUUGCCAUCUCCAGUCAUGAAGACAUGCCAUCAAUGACGAACAUUGCAACUAGCCAUUACUUCAUGGCAAUAUGGGCCUUCCUUUCCCUUAAGUGGGGUGCAUCUCUCAUGGGUUUUUCACAUGUCUAUCGCAAGAGGCUGCUGGAGGAGUACCACCCUCUCUUGGCCUGAGGGGGAACCAGGUCUCAGCAGUUGAUUUAAACACCAUGCAAAAUGCACAGCAAAGGCUUGUAUGUAUUUGUAAAAUUUUAUUUAUUGAAAAAACUAUAUUGAAGAAUGUACAUUUGAAAAAGUAUUCCUUUUUUAUACAUGCCACAUUGUUGUUGUCCAUUGAAAACUUGCUGAGAUAAUAUUUUUUCCACUAGUUUUUAGAAUUUUGUAUCAGGAUUCAAGAUGUUCAAAUUACAAAAGAAUACAAAUUCAAGGAAAUUGUGAUUUAAUUUGAAAUUAAGUGAUUAAAGCACAUUUAAUCAGUGCGAAGGAAAAGCCAGUGGUUUCAGUGGCAGUAAAUGUAAUGGAAGAGAGUUUUAGAAUUAUAUUCCUGGAAGAUUACAAAACCUUGUUUAAGAUUUUUAACUAUAAUACAUUAUGCCUCUGUUUUGUAUCUUGCAUUAUUAUUUUUUAUUGUUUCUGCUAUUAUUUUAAUGACUAUUGUAUUUAAAAGAAACUGGUAAUGCCUAAUGACACUACAAAGACAUUUAUGUGAAAGGAAAUGAAAAUUAUAAGAUUAAAUUUACUAUCUACUAAAAAGUACACUGCUUCUUCAGGGAAAUGGUAAUAUGAGUCAGUAUUUUCAUGGUUAAUGAUAAUUGUAACCUCGUGGAUGUUAUGAUUUGUUCAUAAAUUGAUAAUUAAAAAGCUAUUGAGAUGUUACUUUGAUAGACCAGUUGGUGCUCCUUUUGUGGUUGUGUAAUUGUAGUGUUUAGUGAAAGGUCUUUAACUUAUUUACCAUGGGAUGAUGUUCUGUCCACUGCAGUUUUUUAUUUGUUUUGUUGCAUACAGAUGGCUCUACCAGUGCUCAGCCAUCUAGGAAUCAAUUAGUAGACCCAAGUUAUCAUGCCUGAUUUUCCCAUUCCUUGAAUUUGUGGGACUUUUCCUUCUUCAUCUUCACCUUCAAUAUUUCGAAAAUUCAAGAAAAAGGGUAAACCUGUGAGAUAGGUAGGACUAAUAAUUGAUUCCUUGAUGAGUGCACACUUGUAGACCCAUUUGUGUAUAAACACAAGUAACCUAUAUAAGCAGGGUCCUGCUUGCCCAGUCCAGGCAGAUCUGCUAAGGCCUAACACACUGUGCUGGGAUGCCAGCCCAGCACAAGUUAGCUUAGCUCACUCAGUGCUGCCAUUUCCAAGUCAGUCUGACCAUGAAUAUUACACAGCUCCAACUUUGAAGCUCUGUUGAUGUAAAGUGACUUUUAUCUGUUUGAUUUUAUCUUCAUCUUGUAAUCCAGAGUUCAUUCUCUUGAAAAUCAUGUUUCUUUGAAAGAGGUAGACAUCAAUUAUGGCUUUAUGUCAGGUCAAAAGUGAUGCUUUCAGACAAUGAAAUGGGGAGAUGAAACCUUUUUUUCUUUCUUUCUUUUGUUUUUUGUUUUUUUUGUUUUGUUUUGUUUCCACCCAAAUGUUACUGCUACUGGAGGUGGUGAGAUCCUAUAGCUACAUGAAGUGGUGAUAGCCUGCUGCUGUCAUAGGUGGAUAGGUGGUGAUAGCUUGCUGCCAGAGUUGGCGGUGUUGCCACACAUUGAAACAAUCCAGUGAGCAGAGAGAGAGACGUUACACCAAACAUACCUGUGGUGCAUCUUCUUCCUGGUGUUUCUGCUCAUGUGGAAGUAACUGCACCAGUAGUACUUGUGUCCUGGAUUGAACACCAGGACUGCUAUAGGGGGGCAUCUGGCAGCAGACAGAGGCAUCUGAAGGCCACCCCUUCUUCCAUAGGCCAGAGGUUGGUGUACAAGGUCGACCAACAGCUCAUGACCAAACUUGAGCUAAGAGUGUUCUACCAAACACCCUGUAGACCACGUAGGUAUUCACUCCUGCUUUGUUAAGCAAAUGGUAAAAGAGAUUCUGAUACCACAAUGCUAGCUGGUCCAAUAAGUUGGUUCCCUUCAUUCCCAUGUUCCAGUCGAGGGCAACCUGGGGCUUUCUCCGGACUUAACCUAAUGAUGCCGGGUGUACAAAACAAAAAAAAAAAUCUACGCUCUAGCAAACAAAGGCGGCGUGAAUAGGGGCGUGGCGCGUCGCCACGGCGUAAAGCCACAUGCCAGCUUUCGAGCGGUUUGUUUGCACGCCGAUCGGCGUCACCUGGCACCAAGGGGUUAACCAAAGCAAUUCAGGGGCAGGUCAACCAUGUCAGAGCUGUGGUGGAAUGCAUGUUCACUUUCUUCCGAUCCAUCCAAAACAUGGCCAACAUCUCUGCCACCAAAGUUCAGAGGUCAACAUCACCACAGGCACUCACCUUGAGGUCCUUCAGGAUGAACUUAUGGUUCAGCUGAACUGUUCCCACUGCUUUGGUCUUCCUCGACUAUAGGUAGUAGAAGAGUGUUGGCAAACUGUACCAGUUGUCCAGAUACAGCUCAUAACCCUUCUCAAAGUAACAGGCACGGUUCAUAAGAUCGAGGAGGCCUUUAUGCUGGUCGGCACAACUAAGCAGUCCUGUCCCAUGUAAAUGAUGAAGGCACUGAGGUGGCCAGUACCAGCACCAUCACUCACAUAUUCGAUAGACCAUGCUGAACUGCGCCCUCUUUGUUGGAUUGAAUUGAACCAUAUGGUGUCAUCCCCAGUAAGCCCACAUCAAUUCAAUUGUGAUCUUCCUCAGACAUGGACAGAUGAAGAAAUCAGUGGUUUCCUGGACCAGUAAUACUGCGAAUGCUGUAGUGGCUGCAUGCCCAUGAGUAGGCAGAGGCCCAUAAGCAACUGCAGUUCUUCCACAGUUGUGUUCUCCCCAGCUUUCAGUCAGCCUUUACCCCAGGGUUUGUCUUGAACUCGUGACAGCAAAUGAAAUGAUCCUUCCUCUUUCAGACAAAGUCUGAAGUCCCUGGGGUGUUCCGGUUGGCUAGACAAUGUUCCAUAAGGAGUUGAGAGCAUCACCUCUCCUCAACCAGACUCGGUCUAAAAGAGAUAGACAUGAGACUUUCGACCAUUCCUCAGCCAUCUCAGUCCUUCUCCCAAGAAAUCUGAGAUCUUCAAGGUCAGAAUCGAGAUUCCUCAGGACAGCUAAUUACCUUUGGAAGGAAAAUGCAAAGUUAGAAACAAAAAAUUUAAGAAAGAAAAAGCAUGUACACUACACCAAAUGAACACAUUCCUAUUCAUCAUUUUUCUUACCUUGAAGAGCAGCAGCAAUGGUUCAGAGUGAGCAUGACAUUGUUAGCAAUAGUGGCCGCAUCUUACUGUGAACACCAAAGGGGGGAGGAUGGUUGUAAAAUCAAAAUAAGUAAAAAUAGAAAAAGUGACCUCUUGUCAGUUAGGGCAUUGUAUCUUGAUGUGAACACAGGAUGAACUUCCACCAAUGGCAACAUCAGCCCUGUCCUAAGGCCAUUGAAGUGACCAUCGGUUCAAGCUGAUACCCAGAAAAUACUGUACUUAUUAGCCAUCAGCAUAGGCCAACGACCAUCCAAUAAGAGCUAAUAAACUAAAAUUACAGUGGACAUGUCAUGUGGGCCAUGCCAUUGGCAGUCAUUGGGUUAGCGAUUUCUUUUGCUCAUAGGCUUUGUUUAGUAUUCAGGUACUGUACUCUUUAGCAGGGAAGAGAUUUAUUAUGAAUGGGUUUAGGUAAUGCUAUAUCAUUAUUUGUGAAUAAUAGUAGUAAGAGAUGUUUUACAAAGAAAUCUCAUCCUUUACUUCAUAUUUGCACUGUUAAUAUGCUUAAAUACUCUGAAAUAUGUAUACAUUUCAUAUCUUGCAGUUAAUAGUUUAACACUACACCUGUGUGGGUUCCACUUUGUAUGGGUAAUGUACAAAGAAUUUAUACUGUAACUAGUGUGUAAAUCUUUUUCUACUUCAAUGUUAGUAAUGCUUUUUUCUCUUUUUAUUCCUGUAUAAUUCAAAUGUUUAAAAAUGUUUUUGUUGUAGUUUUUAUCACCAGUUUACAAGGUACCAUGCUGAGACGGACAUGAACUACAGUUCAAUUUCAACAAAGAAUUUUAGCUAAGCUUUAUUGCUGGCAUUAUCACAGCAGAAUAGAAAGGGUUUGUUUAUUUGCUUGACUCAUAGCUAACAAUUUGAUUCAAGGAAAUGGCCUUCCUGCUUGUUCUCUGUGAAUUUGAAGAUAUGAAUGCAACCACUACUUGCAUGAAUUUUGCCUCAAAGAUUGAUUCUCUUCUGUGAUUUUUAGAUUAUAUGGUAGUAUAUAUUAAGUAAUAAAGAUUAUAUAUCAUA